AUGCAAUUGGCAGUUGCUCUUUAUUCUGAAGACAACAUUCAAGCCGAACGCGUGAUUGAAACCGUCUGUGACGAGGAUCGACAGGAAUUUCUGACUUUGGCCGUGGAACUUCGACGAUUGGUGGAAAUUGCAGUCCGGGAGCAUAUGACGUUUCUUUGGCCUUCAGUACUUAAUGACGAGACGGCGUCACGAAAGAUCGAGCAAACGAGGCACCAGAUGUUUAUACAGAAUAUGCCUGACGCUUGUCAAUUGCGAUUCCAACAGCUACUCGAGUUGCAUUGGAAUGCAUUGACGAAGGCUGCAAAAAACACAACGUUUUCACUACCAAGAUUGCAGCAAUUGCAUUGGAAAGUAGCAGUGAAGAGUGAGGAAGGAAAGCGCGUAUUGAUGCGGUUACAGACAUCAGACGGUGAGACGCGGACGAUUCAUGUGCCCAUGGAACAGUUUCAUCAAUUGCGUUACAAUGUAGCGAUGGUGUUGCAGGAGAUGAAUGAGGUAGAAAUGCAUCCCAUGAUGCGACUCGCUCAUAUGGAGCAGACCAAUCAUUAA